AUGUUUUCAAGUGGAGUUAAUUAUACAAAAUUAAAAACUUUUCUAAGAUUAGCCAUUAACAGAUUGAAAUUGUUAGAAAAGAAAAAAAUGGAAUUAGCACAAAAAUCUAGAAGGGAAAUUGCUGAUUUUAUUGAAACUGGUAAAGCAGAAAGAGCUAAGAUAAGGGUUGAACACAUUAUUCGAGAAGAUUACAUGGUAGAAGCCAUGGAAAUGGUAGAAAUGUUUUGCGACUUGUUAUUAGCUAGAUUUGGUCUCUUGCAACAAAUGAAAAAUGUUGAUCCAGGAUUGGAAGAAGCUAUUUCUAGUAUAUUAUGGGCAGGUCCCAGGUUGGCUGCCAUGGUUCCUGAACUAAAAUCUAUCUGCGAACAAUUGGCUCUCAAAUAUGGAAAAGAUUAUGCUGAAUCUUGCAAAGAAGAUAAAAAAGAUACAAUUUCUGAAAAAUUAAAACAUAGACUGGGAGUUGAAUCUCCGACAAAAUUAUUAGUCGAAAAGUACCUCAUAGAAAUUGCAAAAAAUUUUAACGUAGAAUAUGAACCGGAUGAAAAAGUCAUGAGAGAAGGAAUUGCCACUGACAUGCUUCUUGAUUUAAAUGAUGACAAUAAAAACAAUUUCGGAGGUGGUGUACCAUCUCCACCUGGAUUUAAAGGUUUUCCUCAACCUCCCAUGGCACCUCCAUCAGAUUUUCAACCAUUCAAUUAUAAUUAUCCUUCUCAACCUCAACCACAGCCUCAAACAUCAAAAGUUGGUGGAUUUGUUGUUCCAAAGCCUUCUAAUGUUGGAUAUGGUGUGCCAUUUUCUUACAAUAUUCCUCCAAUGAAUGAUCCUGUUCCUAAACCACAAAACUACUCUUAUAACUUUGAACAACCUCCAUCCGAUUCUGCUGCAAAUGAUGAGCCCAAUGAUUUAAAUCAAGAAAAUUUGAAUAAACCUAAACCGAGUCCAAGAUCGAAAAUGUCUCCUCCAGGCGAUUCAUUGUUUCCGGAAUUACCAAAUGUGCCUAAUGAUGUACCAUCAAUGUCUAAUGAAGAUUUAGCAAAACUUAAUCAAAAUGACAAUGAAGAAAUUGAUUUUGACGAUUUAACAAAACGUUUUGAAAACCUCAAGAAGAAAAAUUGA